GGCAAAUUCAGGCUGUUGCGUCCAGCGACUUCAUUAGGCUGCUAAGCUGCUUGGUCAGUCGAGAUUUGUCGAGGCCUGACUAAAAGCCUUAGCAUUUAGAUAGUGCUGCGCUGAUAGUGCUGCGCUGAUAGUGCUGCGCUGAUAGUGCUACGCUGAUAGUGCUGCGUACGUCAUGCAUGAAAUCCGCCAAGUGGGGUGAUGCCGCCUGUUCACUGGCGCGUGUGACGCGGCACGUGCAUGGCGGGCAAGAAGAAGUCGCGCGCCCAUCGCGGUGGCGGCGCUCGGCAUCGCAGGGACGACGACGACGACGAUGACGACCUGCGCGCGCAGCAGCUCGACGAGCUCACCGCAAUCUCCGCCAUCUUCGCGGAGGACUUCCGCCUGCUGGCGGAGCGGCCGCUGGUGGAGUACGCGCUGCUGCUGCGCCCGCACUACUCGCUCGCUGACGGCGCCAACCUCGACGCCGUCGCCCUCGACCUCAUCGUCCGGUACGUGACGGGAUACCCAAAGCGGCCGCCGAAGCUGCGAGUGGAGGCUCGGCAGGGACUGGAGCAGGAGGACGUGGUGGAGCUGGUGGCGCUGCUGCAGGAGCAGGCGGCGUGUGCGGCACGGGAGGGGCGCGUGAUGGUGUUCAACCUCGCGGAGACGGCUCAGGAGUUCCUCUCGCGCCACCUCUCCUCGCUGCCGCCCGCCAUGCACCAAGCACCUGCUACUCACGCCCAGGCGGCACCCACCUCGCCCACGGCGUCCAGGGCAGGCAGCGAGGGUGAGGCGGGGUACGGGGCGUGGGAGGACAGUGUGGAUGCGGGGCUCUUCUCCGACGCCCUCUCCGCUCUCCCCGGCCCACAUGCGCCCUGGCCCUCUGCGCCUGGCCCUGCAGGCGCUGGCAGGGGCAGGGGCAGAGGGAGAGGCAGAGGGAGAGGUAGAGGCAUCGGAGCCAGUCUAGAGGGUGGGGCUGGAAGGGGCAGGACAGGGCGAGAGCGGCGAGAGGGUGAAGUAGGGGGAGGGAGGAGUGAAGCCAUUGCUGUGCCUGGUGCCAGUGGUGCGGGCAGACAGGGUGGAGUGGGUGGUGGAAGACAGAUGCGGAGGCAGCAGAGUAGAGAAGCAAGUGAUUCAUCGGAGGAUGACGAGGAGGAGGAGGAGGAAGCGAGUGGAGAGGAGGAGGGGCCAGGCAGCGGUGGCAGGGAGAGGCGCAGCGUCAAGGGGUUAUGGCAGCAGCAGGGCGACAGCAGCUCGGAUGGUGCUGCCUCCCACACCACCGCCACCUCCACUGCCACCUCAGCCUCCUACUCGGCAGUGGGGCGUUGGGACGAGGGUGGUGGGUUGUCCAUGUCAGCAUCGGGGGGAGGGGAGGAUGACACACAGGGGUCGGUGGGGGAGCUGAUUCGGCGAGUGAGGGAAGGGCUCAAGAGCAUGCAGGUGCUGGCAGAGGUGGAGCAGCUAGUGGGGCAGCAGAGGAGCGCAGCGAGCACAGAGAGACACAAGAGGGAAGGGGGCAUGGGGACGGGGCACGGGGGUGUGGAAGAUGAGGAAGAAGUGGGGGAGGAGGAGGAGGAGGAGGAAGAGGGGGAGGAAGAGGAAGAGGAAGAGGAAGAGGAGGAGGAUGAGAAUGAAAGGAGGGGAGGUGGUGGCGGGGAUGGAGGAGCAGUAGUGGGAGCACAUGGGAGGCACACAACCGCUCACUCCACGCCUGCUGCUGCUGUCGCUUCAGCUGUGGUGGCAUCGGCAUCGGCAUCGGCGCAUGGUGCGCGGCGCCAUGGCGAGAGAGACAUGUUCACCACCAUGAUCCAACGCGACCUGCUCCUCGCCCACCUGCUGCGCAUCGUCACCAGUGACAAGGGGCCUUUGCCGCACGCACUGCCCGCGCUCUCCUCGCAGCUGCUCGCCCUUGAGGUGAUCCCGCAGUGGGUGGCGGAUCUACUGCAGCACGACCCCCGCCUGGUGGACCGCGCCUUUCAGCGCACCUUCAGCAGGGCUGCGCAUCGCCUCACCAAGCACGCCCGGGCUGACCCCUCCGUGCAAUGGGUGCUGCGGCGGUUCUGGUCUGCUAGUGCGGAGCUGAGGGGCGAGGGGCCCAAUGCAGAUGCAGCAGCACAGGCAUCGGGGUCUCGCUACCUCUCAGACUUCGAAGAGGUCUCCAUGCUGGGGAAGGGCGGGUUUGGGUCGGUGGUGCUGUGUGUGAACAAGCUGGACGGCAGGAGGUACGCCAUCAAGCGCAUCCCCCUCAAGGGCAAGAGCCCCGCCCUCAACUCCAAGAUCCUCAGGGAGGUGGCAACGCUGUCGCGUCUGCAGCACCAGCACGUGGUGCGCUACUACCAGGCGUGGUUUGAGACGGGCGUGGGGCGCUUCAUGGGCCACCUGGCCGCCCACAGCCACAGCAUGGACUCCCUCCACGCCACCGCCACUGCCACCGCCACCGCCUCCACCUCCCUGGCGUCUGCCUCGGAGUGGCUCACCCGGGGCGCAGACCACACCGGGGAGCUGGACGAUGGCGAUGGUGGCGGGAGGAUGGGCAGCAAGGGGUCAGAGGGGGAGAGCACGUACCUGUACAUUCAGAUGGAAUACUGCCCCAGGACGCUGCGGCAGGUGUUUGAUGCGCGGGGAGAGGGCGAGGUGGACGAGGAGGGGGCGUGGCGCAUGUUCCGGCAGGUGGUGGAGGGGCUGCUGCACGUGCACUCGCAGGGCGUCAUCCACCGCGACCUCACGCCCAACAACCUCUUCGUCGACCCGCGUGGAGACAUCAAGAUCGGCGACUUCGGGCUCGCCAAGUUCUCCGAGCUCGGGGAGGGAGUCUCUGCUGCCGACAAAGCGGUGGAGGCCGCGGAGGAAGGCACACCCGAGCAUGCAGGGGAGGGGGCAGGGGGGGUAGUGCGGGAGAGGGCAGGGGGGGCGAUGGGGGAGCGGCGGCAGUCGACAACGGGGCAGGUGGGGACGUACUUCUACACGGCGCCCGAGGUGGAGCAGGGAUGGGCGCACGUGGAUGAGAAGGUGGACAUGUGGAGUCUGGGCGUUGUGCUGCUGGAGUGCUGGCACCCCUUCCACACCGCCAUGGAGCGCGCGCACACCCUCUCCGCGCUCAAGCUGCACCGCACGCUGCCAGAACCCUGGGCCACCGACCACCCGCAGGUGGCAGCGCUGGUGCGGCUGCUGCUGAGCCCGCUGCCCAGUGACCGUCCGUCAGCAGCUGAGGUGCUGCGCUCCGACCUCAUGCCGCCACGCAUGGAGGAUGAGGCGCUCAACGCCAUCCUGCGCACCAUCCAGGCGCCCGGCGACGACUCCUCGGUGUACGACCGCGUGCUCGCCGCUGUCUUCGACCGCCACGCGCCCGCCCCCCUCAACGCCACGUCCUCUGCCUUCUCCACCCGCACGCCCUCCCAUGGGGUGCACGGCGUGGGCGGGGUGGAGGAGGAGUGGGAGGGGGGCGCGCUGCAGUGGACGGGCGUGAGAGACGGGGUGGUGGCACGCGUGCAGCGCAUCUUCCACCAGCACGGGGCUGUGGGGUCCGACACCCGCCUGGUUGACUUUGCGUAUCCCGACCGCCGGACGCACGACCUUGCAGUGCGCGUGGUGGACGCACAGGGCUCGCUGCUCUCGCUGCGCUACGACACCCGAGUCACCUUCGCCCGCUGGCUGGCUGCCACGCAGACCUCGUCUCUGAAGCGCUUUCAGUUCUCCUCUGUCUUCCGCCGAGCUCCGGGUCGCCGGCCUCCGCGUGACUACCUGCAGGCGGACUUUGACAUCGUGGGAGGGACGCCCGUUCUGGCGGAUGCAGAAGCCAUCAAGGUGGCGGUGGACGUGGUGGAGGGGUGCGGUGCGGCAUGGGGGGCAGUGGAGGUGCGGCUGAGCCAUCGCGACCUGCUGUCCGCCAUAUGGCAGUGGGCGGGGGUCAGCAGAGACCAGGUGGCCAGUGUGGCUCAGUUGCUGGCGCUGCUGGGCGGCUCUCCCCCCACAGCCCCCUCGCGCAAGGCCACGUGGCCUCUCGUGCGCCGCCAGCUGCUCCAGGGCGUGGGCAUGAGUGAGGCGGUGGUGGACCGCCUGCAAGCCGUGGAGAAGCGCUUCAGUGGAGCAGCAGACGAUGCCAUGGCCAGGCUCAGAGGGGCGCUGCCACCAGGGCCGCUGGUGGCAGGGGCGCUGGAGGAGCUGGGUGAGGUGCUGCGGCUGCUGCGCGUGUGGGGCAUCCACCCCGCCGCCACCACCAUCGACGCCCUCAUGGCACCCUCCCACCACUACUUCUCCAACUGCUUCUUCCAGAUCCAUGCGAGGCACCUGCCCUCUCUUCCUGCCCACCACCACCACCACCACCACCAUCAGCAGCAGCAGCAUCAGCAUCAGCAGCAGCAGCAGCAGCAGCAGCAGCAGCAGCAGCAGCAGCAGCAGCAGCAGCAGCACUCCCUGCCUAUCAGCUCUCAGCGCACCACCCUGCCUGCCCCUGAUGGCGCCUUUGCUUCCUCGCGCUCACUCCCCUCCUCGCCCUCCCCCUCGUCCCGCCUCCUGCCGUCGUCCCUGUCCCCCCUGUCCGCCUCGUGGUCCUCCAGUCCGCCCCUCUGUGUUGCGGUGGGCGGCCGCUACGACUCCCUGCUGCGCCACCUCACCGCCUCCACUGCUGCUGCUGCCGCUGGGCGAGGAGUGAGCUCUCGCCCAAGAGGGGGAGGAGGCGCUGGUGGGGGGGGCAGUGGGGGGGCAAGUGGGGCAGUGGGGGCGGUGGGGUUCAGUGUAGCACUGCACAAGCUCAUGGCGCCGCUGCAGCCCGCCGUGGAUGACAGCACCAGGCAGGCAGCGGUGGACGUGCUGGUGUGCGCCAGGGGAGGGGCGGGGCUGCUCAGCGAGAGGAUGAGAGUAACGGCGCAGCUCUGGGCCGCUGGAAUCAAGGCGGAGUAUGUGAGCGUGCGCGCCCCCAGCCUGACGGAGCAGUACGAGUACGCCCACGAGCACGGCAUCCGCUGGCUCGUCCUGCUCACCGACGCCGGCCUGCACACCCACUCCGCAAAGGUGCGACAAUUGGAUGUGAAGUCAGAGGAGGAGGUGAAUCUGGAUGAUUUGGUCAAGUUCUUCCUUGAGGCUUUGCCGUCUGUACCAACUUCUCGUCGCCGUGGCGCCACAGCACCAGCUGCCCCCACUGCUCCCUGAAAUCUUGUUGGAAAGUUGCUACUGCAAGCACUUUAAGCACUGCUACUUCCUGUUGCUGCCUUGUGCCGUCUGUUGCUAGGCAUAGGACCUGUAUCAUGUAAUGGCUGCUCAUGCUAGUAAGAGCGUAUUCCUACGCUUUAGUGUUCAGUACCAGAAUGGGGAAUCCCGUACUUGAACACCAUGCUGUAUUUGCCGAUUUACAGGACGGUGUUCAGUACCAGGAAAGCGUGGUUCGCAAGCGUGGGCACGGCAGCCAAACGUGCGAAACGGAGUGACACGCGGCAUGCAUGCGACGCGUGUGGUUCUGUUUGCGAAUGUGACUGUACCACACAGCCAAUUACUGGGCUUGUGUGCGAACAUGCAGGUUGGUGUUGUUGGUACUGGACUGGACUCGGUAAAUUUUGUCGAUCACGGUGUUCAGAAACCCAUUUUUCCUUUCUGGUACUGAACACCAUGCCGUAGGAAUACACCCUAAGGCUUUUUACCAAGAAUUGAUGGCAACGUCAAGUACUUG